GAAUCAGAAUCAAAUCUUGUGCUCCUGUGUGUCUUGUGUCUUGUCCAGCUUGAAUGAAUGAGCAAAUCAACGAGUUUAUCAAGAACAUUGAGUUUUGUUAUAGCUUAUGAUAGUACGUAGUUUGUGUGAUAUUUGUGGCUAACAACUUGUUUCUCGCAAGAUAAUUAGACCAUGUGUUAACUCAUCUUCUGACGCACGAAAUGCAGUUUCUUCCAGUAGUUUUAUUUCAUAGUAAUGUAAGUACUGGGUAAUGAUAGCCAAUAGUUGGACUGGUGGUAAUAAGCUCAAAGCUUCAAAAGGCUUCAGAGAAUCAGCAAAUAGUAUCAGAUGCGAUGGUGAUGCUAAAGAAUCCGCUCUAAACGAUUCGGACAAGGACGCCGAGAGUUCCAACUCGAGAGGAAGUUAUCAAAACGCCUACAAAUCUGAUUACAAAUUCAAACCAAGAAUCAAGCAGAGAGAUGAUUUUCGAAUGGGUCGUGGUGCAAACUCAGACCGUCGUGGAGGAGGAUCAUCUAGAGGCAGAGGAUCCGGUCACAGGAAAAAUGACAGGGACCUCGAGCCAGCAUACUUUCCUCGAUCGAAAUUUCACGAAUCGUUAGGCAAAAACAAAUCAUGUGGCAAUUUGGUAAAUGUAUCUAAUUCUGGAAAAUCAAGUGACGCAGAUGUAAAGAUAAAAUUAGCAGAAUAUGGAGGAGGACUUAUAAAUUUACCUGAAGAUUGUAGAAUUUCCAAAUUAUUACGGCGUAUGUUAAGAGAAGAUGAUGAGAAAUAUCAUGAAAAAUAUCUGUCGAUGGUCAACUCCUUAAAAGAAGCUCUCAUGUCGCCAGAAAACAGUCGUUAUAUUCAGAAGAACCGUGAAAUGAUAUCGAACUAUCUGUUGGAGCUUCUCUACCGCGCCCCCGGCUCAGAGGCCAAACUUCAAACUGCGGAAGCGCUUGGUGCUCUGGCGUUUUCCUUGGAUAAGGACUAUCCCGAGUUUUUGGAAUGGCUUUUACCAAAAUUCAAAGCUGAGAAGAAUGAUGACGUACGCAAGUUGAUGAUGAAAUCGCUUCAUGUUGUAGUACAACUUGAUGGGGAACAGCUGAGAUUGAAAUCUUAUGCAUCGGAAACUAUCCAUUGUAUUCAACAAUGUUUGGAACAUACCGACCUAGCUGACUGCCUUGUGAUCAUAAUUGACUCUCUUAUGUUGGUAAUGGACCUCUAUCCUGAUGUCUUCAGCAAGUAUUUCAGAGACGUGAUCGACAUCCUGCUAGGGUGGCACGCGGACUGGAAACAGCCGGCACCGGUGACGUGGCUGGUGUCGGCGACGCUGCAGCGCAUGUCGCCGCACUGGUGUCGCAACAUGGCCUUCUCGCAGCACAUGCUACGCGACUUCCUCGACGACAUCGAGCACAACGGUAGUGGAUGGCAGGUGGCCAGCAUUGCACCCGACGGCAGUCGCAUUGUCGGCGAGGAGGAGGCCGAGGAUGAGGAGGGUGGAAGCGGGGAGGCGGUGAUGCGGUUGACUAGCUGUAUUGGGCUUUUUAGCACAGUGGUGCGAACACUGGGCCAGCAUUUGAGUCCGACCGUGUCGUCGUGUGUGUCGUGGUCGUUCCUCACCGACUGUCUGUCAACGCUGCUCUCCUGCAUGAUGAGAAACCUCAAAAACCAUCUCGACCAGCAGCUCAUCAUCACUGGAAACGAAUGUGCUUGGCUUCUACUCUCCCUGUUGCAGUCAAAAACGUGUCCUGCCCAUGAGACGCUGUACGAAUUGCUCGAUUUGCAACUGUCACAUUUCGACGAGUUGAUCGAUAUUGCUCUCGCGUCUCUUAUGAAAUUGAUUGCUAAAGUUAUCAAGGAGCUAGGCGCUAAUCUACCCUUGAAACUGGUUGAAACCCUUCUAAAACCCCAUUCACCGCUGCUCCAACUGCGUUUCAACCCUUCCUCAAUGGUUCACACUGAGAUAGUAGCUGUCUACCACAGUCUACUCAAUUUGAAAAAUAUACCUCUGCUCAAAGAAGUCUACAGGAAUGUAUUGGGUGACCUGGAAGUGGCGUAUAGAGUACUGGUUGGAGAACUAGAACCGUUACACGCGGGCGACAACCCGCAUGCCGAAACAAAAUACAACAACAAUGAUGCCCACUUUGUAGUGUUAGUACAUUUCAAGGCUCUGGCUGAUAUAGCCAAUGCAAGCAACUCGAUUAUUGGAAUGUGGGUCCUGCAGCCAAGUAUAGUCGAUUUAUUAGCUGUUCGACUGAUGCCGAAGAAACUUUCAAAACUGCCACCUGAUCUACAGUAUGCUCUGCUCUACAUGCUUUAUUCACAUUGUUCCAAGCAUAAUCACUUCAUCUCGAGCAGUGGCCUAUUGUCAGCCGUGAAAGGUCGUCCCAGUGUGAGCGACAUAUUCGGGACAGCACUCGGCUUCGAUGUCUCCCAUAACUCACCCAUGAGUGGUCACCUGUCUGUCAUACUGGGCCUUCUGGCUAACAUCAUUGUUGAGGAAACGAGUUUUGAGUGCAAGCAACUAGUCUUGGGAUGGACGUGCGAGCUGUUGAGGGCUGCCAAGGCGUAUAUGGCAACACUGUCGGCUACCAGCGAACUGCAGCAACUGGCCGACGCGUUGCUUAGCAACGGCGGUGUUGCCAGCUCGUGCCAGCCAACCAUUGCGCAGCUAGCCUGCGCAUGUCUCGAACAGCUUGUCGCGCCGCAAAUGAAUUUGGAAGGUACGCGCCUAAUAUCAAGUGAUAGAUUGAUGGCGAUACUAGAAGUAUGCAUGCUGCAAAUUAGUAGCACCGAUGAGGUAGUGAGUGCCCGCUUUUGCCAGCUGAUGAUGAGACUGCCUUGGACGUUUGUCAUUUCCGGAAUGCAGGUGGCACUAACUAAACACAAGAGCCCUUGCUGGAAGCGAACGGCUGCUGAACGAUCGCAUUUGACGCGCGGCACCAACGGAGAAAUGCAAACUCAGCAAUUCAAACAGUUCAUGGCGUUUCUACUGCAAGGACACAAUCAAUCGAGUGACCUACAAUGGUUGCGCGAAGUGUUCUCGGUUUGCUGGUCUGUGUGUGAGCCUAGCAGUGACGUGAGCGUGUUUGCGCAUGCGUCAACACCAAUGCUGCUGUCGUGGGCCACCUGGGAGACUGCGCAGUUGUGCAUUUCCUGUAAACUGCGCACCCCGCUUGGCAAGCCGCUCGACACUUUCAUGGCGUUCGAAGGAGCAAUAAAAGGGCUAGCCCGCGAAACGACAUCGACGGCACACAAGGCGGUGACGGAAAGCAGUUUGGACGAGAGUGGCGGGUGCAGCCCCACUUACAACCUGAGACGUGUGCGACUGCUCAUCGAACUGGUCGAACAGCUGGAGAAAACAAUGUACAAUGCGGCCGAUGGAACGGCUACUGCCCUCGUUGCUCCUACCAAGCCAGUGCGCACAUUCUUCCACACGAACAAGAGCACCUGUGGCGAGUGGCUGGCUCGCAUUCGCCUGGCCGUGGUGGUCGUCUCCCUGCACUGCGGUCUGGCUGCAUCCGCUGUCCGCAACGGACAUUGUCUGCUACAGGAUCUCCUCGACUCCGGCAAUACUCAGGGCCCCGAAUUGGAGACAGCCGUUCUAUACGUGGCGUGGGGUCUGAGCCGUCUGCACGAGGCUGAGGCGGUGCAAGGCCUCUACGCCUGGUGUCGAGACACCCUAAAAUGCAAGUUCGCCUUUCUCAAGCCAAUCGUCGAGCAUGCUGCUUCCAGGUAUGAGACGGCAAUCGACCAAUACAAAAUGGUGUUAAACAAUGAGGCUUUUGAUUCACCAGCUAAGUCUAGUGCUGCUGUCUCGGAUGAUGUAGAACGCAAAACGUCCUUAAACAAUAUCGCGCACAUUCUGAGACCUCUAGUUGCCGAUCAGUUGACAGAAUGCUACCUGGCUCUGCAGGAUUGGAGUGGACUUCAGAAAUGGAAAGAAAUGGAGGCCGAGUACAUUCUCAACCAGAACGGCAAUGCUAGCAAACGAUUUAAACACGUGACAGAAACCAGCGCCAGAGCGUUGCAGGCUUUCGACGAAGGAGACAAAAUGGCCGCCGAUCAGCUGUUGAACUGGAGCUGUCCAGUGGUGGAAGGAGAGGAGGGACAGCCGCCAUCUUGGAACUGCUAUCAGCUGCUGGGUGAGACCAGCAACACGCUGAUGAAUGUGGCUGUCAAAAUGGCCGCCAAUGCUGAUAACACCGCAUUCGAUGACAACUACCGGAAAGUGUUGCUCGACUGCAGAUCGGCAGCCAAAGCUUGUUUGGUGGAGAGCGUACGCAACAUUCCUUCGGAGAUUGCCAGCGAAGCCACGCUGCUACAGUUUGCCGCCAAUGCGCUGUUGCCAAGUUGUGCCAGCAGUGGCCAGUCAGCCGUCAAUCCGCUGUUGCCAAGUUGUGGCCAGUCUACCGCCAACGCGCUGUUGCCAAGCGGUGCUGGCAGUCAUUUAGCCGCCAGUGCGCUGUUGCCAAGCGGUGCAGAGACGGCAGGCGGUGUUGCCAACUUUGAGGCGGUGUUGCCAAACCAGACAGGAGGCAACAAGAGGAGGCAGUUGGACUCUAAGAUGCAGGCACAGGUCUAUUGGUGGUGUGGAGCGUUACAGACCAUACAUCAGGGCAGCCAACCGUGUGAUGAGUUGGCUUUGCAGUUGGCUAAGACGGCUCGCAAAGAAGGCAACUUGAACUUGGCUAGCAGACAACUUUUGAAACAAUUGAAGGAUGUUGUGGGAUUGACCGAUGUGGGCGUUGAGGAGAAAAAUGGCGUCAAUCAUUUGGCCAAGUCUGUCAUAAGUGGAUUGACUGACAACUCAGCCAUUGUGUGGACCAAUCACAAGGCCGCUGUCUUGUAUGAGGUUGCCAAACUCAACUACAGUAUGGGCCAGAGAGAGACGGCACUACAAGUAUGCACUACGGUCGCACUGCAACUGAGCAAGGCUUGUGCGCAUGAGCAGAAUGGCGACUUGCGCGAGAGGUGCGCGCGCAUGCUUUUAACACUGGCCAAGUGGCAGCAGGCUGCAAGUGAUGACGUCACAACUAUGACGUCACUGGAGACGUUGCUGGAAUGGUGUGAUAGCGGAGUGGAUGCGUCGCUGGUCGAUGUCUUGAAUUGUGACCUCUCGCCGAACACAGUGGUGGGGGCGGCUGAUAGCCUGGUGGGGCGGCUGUUGCGACAGUCAGUGCUGCACUGCCCUGGGGGCGGCAAGGCGUGGGCCAGCCUGGCCAACUGGGCCUACCGCUGGGGGCGGCGCGUGCUGGAGCGGGGGGCCGAGAUGGGGGCGGCCGAGAAGGCGGCAGUCGAACAGUUGCUGGGCUGGCAGGGUGAGCAGGGGGCGGUCGAAAGGCAGAAGGUCUAUGAUAUACUGUUGCAGAAUCGACCUUCUGCUGAUGAAGAGGAUAUCGAGGCGGAAAACAUGCACACAAGUGAACAGGUGGAGUGGCAGCUGCAGAAUUUGAGCAGAGAUUUAACAGCUGAUCAGCUGAGUGGGCUGGUGGAGGUGUGGCGGCGCUCACACGCACGCGUGUACACCUACUAUGAGCUCGCCGCGCAAGCUUACUUCAAGUACUUACAGCUACUUGCCACAGAUCAGCAACAGACGCAGAACGGCAGCGGAGCGAUUACAGCCACCCUACGGCUGUUGCGACUGAUCGUGAAGCAUGCACGCGAACUGCAGGGCGCACUCGAGGUGGGCCUGGCGCACACGCCGACCGCGCCCUGGGUCAGCAUCAUUCCGCAGCUGUUCAGUCGUCUAUCGCAUCCGCAGCCGUAUGUGCGGUCGCGCGUCUCCGAGCUGCUGUGUCGUCUGGCCGCAGACGCGCCGCAUCUCAUCAUAUUUCCCGCCGUCGUCGGGUCGGACGCCGGUGCUGCUACUAUACGCGAUAUGCCGCAGACAAAGUUGUUCAGCAGUUGUCUACCGGUGACCGUGGAGGGAGGCGAAAUGGAGGUGCCUGCCGUGGUGCGGGGUGAAGGAGAGGAGGAAGAAGAAGAGGACGAUGAGGAGGAGGAAGAGGAAGAGGAGGAGGUGGAGAGUAAUAAUGGUGAAGACAAUCAGGCGACUGUGUUAGAGAACUGUUUUCUUGCUAUGGUUGACACGUUGGCUAAACAGGUACCGGAAGCAAUCUCGCAGGUGCGUAUCCUGGUUCACGAACUGCGUCGCAUCACACUGCUGUGGGACGAGCUGUGGUUGGGCACACUGACGCAACAUCACAACUACAUGGCGAGGCGCAUUGUGCAGCUGGAGGGGGAGAUUGCACGUGUCGACAACAACCAACAUCUCACUUUGGCCGACAAGGACGCUAUAGUCGCCGAAAAGUAUCGGCUCAUACUCAAACCGCUGCUGUUCGUACUUGAACAACUUCACGCCAUCACAUCUGUCACACCUGAAACACCUCACGAACAAUGGUUCCAGGAUAAAUUCGGCGAAAGCAUCGAUGAAGCCCUCACCCAGCUGCGCACCCCCUUAGACCCCCGCCGCCCGGCCGACGCUUGGGCGACGCUCAAAGCGCUGCAAUGCAAGCUGCAGUCGCGCGCCGCCAAACGCGCAGCCUAUGCGCUGCGCAUGCGCGAGGUGUCGCCUGCGCUUGCGCAGCUCGCGAACACGCGCAUCGCCAUGCCGGGCGUGGAGAGCAGUAUCACCAUAGCCGGGCUGAGCAACCAGAUUGCGGUUCUGCCGACCAAAACUAAGCCGAAGAAGCUAGUGUUCCAUGGGUCGGAUGGAUUGCUAUACACGUACCUCUUCAAAGGCCUGGAAGACUUGCACCUGGACGAACGUAUCAUGCAGUUUCUGUGCAUAGCCAACACAAUGCUGCGUACCUCGGCGUCGGCGUCCUCCACCUACCAGGCUCGCCAUUACUCGGUCAUUCCACUCGGACCAAGGUCGGGCCUUAUCAGCUGGGUGGACAACGUUACGCCCCUCUUUACACUCUACAAGCGCUGGCAGCAGAGGGAAGCCGCUAUCAGUCAGACAAACGUGAUGCGUCCCUCGGAACUGUUCUACCAGAAGCUGAUCCCUCGGCUAACAGAGUGCGGCAUCACCAAUUUCGAGAACCGCAAAGAAUGGCCACUGCCUGUGCUCAAGCAAGUGCUCAUGGAACUCAUGCAGGAGACGCCCACUUUCCUGCUUUCCAAGGAACUGUGGUGUCAUAGCGUAAAUGCGGGAAGCUGGUGGGAGAGUACAAAGCUGUAUUCGACUUCGUUGGCGGUGAUGUCGAUUAUCGGAUACAUUAUCGGUCUGGGCGAUCGACAUUUGGACAACGUUCUGAUUGAUUUAGCUUCUGGCGAGGUUGUGCAUAUCGACUACAACGUGUGUUUUGAAAAGGGAAAAACGCUGCGAGUUCCAGAAAAGGUACCAUUCAGACUGACGCCCAACCUUAGAGCCGCCCUGGGCGUUACUGGAGUUGAGGGUAUCUUCCGUCUCUCUUGUGAGCAUGUGCUGAAAGUAAUGAAGAAAGGGAUGGAAACUCUGUUGACUCUACUUGAAGCGUUCGUCUACGACCCGUUGAUCGACUGGACGCCCGGCAACGAGACUGGGUACACAGGUGCUGUGUAUGGCGGUGGUAGAGCAAUAGCGCUUGAAACAAAACAAAGUCGUAAACAGCUGGAGAAAGAGGUGACGUUCUCAAUGUUCGCCGUACGCAUUGCCGAAAUGAAGUAUGAAUGGAUGGAGUACAGAGACAGUAUCCUAUGUGAGCUUCCUGCUUUGAUGGAGCUGCUGGAGCGUUGGCUGGUGGAGCAGGCCGGUGUCAAGCAGGUGGAAGACAGCCUACAGGAACGCCACCACCAGAUGGCUCUGCUCAAAGACGCCGAAGCGCAUGCGCAGCAUCAUAGUCUCUAUUCGCUGCCCACCAGGUAUGCAGCUUUCGUGACGUCAUCAGAGGCAGCCAGCAAAGCUCGCACGGGAUUGGAGGAGAAAGUGGCCGAGUGUCAGGCGGCAUUGGCACAGUUCCAGAUGGCUAGUGCCUGUAUCACAGGCCCACAACUCAGCCAAUGGAUGAGCGAAGUGGCGGCACGGCCUUCUAAAGAGAGCUACUCGUGUGUGUUCGACCUGAUCAAGGAGUUUCUGGCCAACGCCGGACAGCGAGAGAUGGUGCAGCAGUGUGCGCAGUGCGAGACCGAUCUGAGCGAUUUGUGCGCACAGCAGAGUCAGCUGACCACCGCCUGUCUGGAGUUGUUGGGCCAGUAUGGCGCUGUUGCCAGGUUGUAUCCGGUGUCGUAUCUGGCUAAGCACAGGAGUACUCUGUAUCUCGGCUGGGGUAGACGGCUGUUGGAGGAGAUGUCGUUGCAGAGAUGCGAACAAGUGCUGGCCGAAGCAAAACUCUCGCUGAGUUCGCCACCUGCUUUGGACAGUCCCUCCUGCCAGCAGGUGUUGAGCUAUUCACUUGGCCUGCUCCGCGCCUUGACCGAGGCUCGAGUCCAGCUGAAGAAAUGGCAGUCUGCGACUGUGGCCACACCUGCAGCCGGUGAGACGCGGCUGGCAGACGCGGAAGCGGCCGCAAGGAAGGUGACGCUCAAGAAUGCGCUCGCCGCCGAACUGGUCAUCGUCUCCGCCUUGUGUGGCUUCAACAAGCGGUUUCUCAUGAUGGAGGCGGCUGCUUCUGGUGCCGGUGAUAGCCUGGUAGACCUGACCUCACGAGAAGGAGACUGGUUCCUGGAUGACAUGUAUCUAAUCACCGGCUCUGUGUCGAAACUGCUCUCACUUCUUCCAGAUCCCACUGAUGCCAGACUCAAACUGGCCUUGGAGUGUGCGGCCAUGGCUCACAAUCAGUACAAGGGAUUACAGGAGCUGAACAUGAACUUCACGAAUAUAAUUUUGCCGGAAGCACUGCAGAUAAUCCAACGCGAAGACGAGAGUGCUGUAGAGUUGAUUGCAAAGUUCAAGCAAGUGGUCAACAGUUCUCCACUGCCUCUGUGUGAUCUACUCUCUCAGUUGCAACUCCAUUUGGAAUGUGUAAUCAUGGGAAUUAAGUCGAGCAACGAGCACUGUCGCCAGAUAGUGGCCGACCUUCGUGCCGGCUACGAGCCGCUGGUGACGUCAUCGUGCGGCAGUGACAGCGAUCAGCUGUCGCCCGGUCUUAUGCUGCUGAUGGGCUUCAACGGCCUUUUCGAGAAUCUGGCCAUCGGCAACCAGACGCUGAUCACGGCGUUGACGCGACUGCAGACGCCGGCCGUCUGGCGGACGGUCGAUCAAGUGCGCGAGGCCAAGUCGCUUGCUGGAACAAUCUUCGACGCGGAACCGCGCUCGGUACUGGAGGACAUCUUCAUGGUGCGUCGCCUGCAGACGAUGCACGAGCUGUUUGACUUGUGCGUGGAGUGUGCGGCUGGCUUCCGGGGUGGCAAUCAGGUGGCUUCCGAACCGCACGACGACGAGCGACUCAACCGCACCAUCAGACGGUUCACGGCCGACUAUGUCAGCCAUCAGUUGCUGGGUGUGUUCUCUCACACGCUCGCUCUCACUCUGUGUCUCAUGUUGGAGAAGAUCGGACUCGAUGUCACAGGAGAGGUGGAGCAGCGUGACAUAGGGCUGGAAUCGCGAGUGCCUCUCGACGAAUUGUGUCGCAAAGCGAUGAAACGCCACUCCAACACCAGCGCAUGCUCACAGUCAGCCAUUGCGCAGGCGCAGUGCGCUGUCAAUGCUGUCGAACAGGCAUGGCGUGGCUUGGACCGAUCCAUGCGGCUGACACAGAAAAGGCAAGCGUGUGAGCAGCUGGUGCAUAGACUGCAGCUGCAGCUGGCAGCUCACUAUUGGCUGCAUGAUGACGUCAUCCAAGCUGCAGCACCGCCCCUUGCAGCUCCCAUCAGUCGCUGCGGUGUGAUGAUGGAAGUGCGUAAAGUGUCGGUGGCUUUGCUAGCCCUACAGCCCCAAUUGGUGGAAGUGAGAGAGCAGCAGGCGACACUUGUUCACAGCGCCCAACAGCGACUCAAGUGGGCUGCCGGCGCUAAUCCGGCUGUCAGCGAGGUGCUGAGUGCGUUCCACGCAUGCGUGACCGCGUCGGAUGAGAGAGUUGUGGCAGAGCAACAGUUGGCAAGCGUGGUGGGGGGACUGUGCAGCACUGUGCUCAUGCAUGAGGCAUUACGAACCAGGACAUCCGAGGCACUCACCAAUGAUGCCAAUUUCAUCCAGCUGGUGGAAGAGUGUGAGAAAAGCUGUUACUUAGGCAUGAAUUUGAACGUAGAGCUGUCAGCUGUAGAGGAAGGCUUAGUAAGGCUGUUGCCUCCCCCUCCCACUGGACACAUCGACUGGGCGUGGAUCAAUAAGGCUGAGCAAAUAAUAUCUGAAUCGGUGUCGAGCCUGAUGCAGUUGAUGGGCGUUCACAAGGCGGGGCGGGGGUUGGCUCUGGAGGCGGUGAAGCAGAAAGCGGCAGUAGUGCACCGCCUCAACGCACACACGCGCAUACGCGCACUACUCAAGACCAUGGUCAAGUUUGAAGACACAGGCAUGGUGGGCCUGAACGACUACUUUGUACGCUACAAAGCCUACUGUGAGCGGCUCUAUGCUCUCACCAAAGACCUGCUCGCCUCCGAAGAGCUCACUGCCGACCGGGUGCAUUCCGCCAUCAAUCAGAUUGCCGCUAUCAUUGAGGAAACAUUGUCAGGCGGAAUCUACGAAGAACUGUUGAACUUCUCAGUGAACGGUGUGGGGGGUGCAGGAGCAGGGGUAGGUGGAGGAGGCAAUGGGGGAGAUGCUAAUACAGCCAAGCAGACCAAGCGGCCCCCUCUACUCAGGCAGGACAGUGUCUGCCUCUCACCCUGCAAACAACCAAUCAGAGACCCGCAAACUGGAAAAGCCGUUCAGGAGAGAAACAAGUACGCACUGAGCGUUUGGCGUCGCGUCAGAUUGAAGUUGGAAGGUCGCGACAGAGACCCUGGUCGCAAGUACUCCGUUCAGGAACAGGUUGAUUGGACAAUAAACGAAGCGACAAGUCUGGAAAAUCUGGCACUGCUAUACGAGGGCUGGACUCCGUGGGUGUGAGAGAGAGAGGGGAGAUGAAACAGGGAUAAGAUUUGCGCUCUCUCUUGCGCCCAUUGGUUUCUCACACACGUCCUCUCUCUCUUGCUCUCCUGUGAAAAACUUGGAGAGAAAACGAGGAGAUGAAGAUGAUGAUAUAAAGAAGAAGCUGAAGAAAGAGGAGAAGAAGAACAUCCAAGUGCUGCUCCUCCCCACCCCUGACCCUCCUAGAACGGGGGGCAAAAGGGGAUUCAAAAAUAUAGCGGAGGGGCUAAACUUGGAAUAACUACAUCAUCUAUAAUUAUAGAUUUUAUUUUGGAGGGCUCUUAGGGGCGCCCUGUUAACAUGUAUGUUGCUAUAAGGAUGAAAGUCAUUGAUAAAGAUGUGUCAAAGUGCAGCAUGUGAACAGGGCUCUGUUUCGUUAGACUUGGGUAAUCUUAUAAUAAUACAGGAUCAGCUGAUUUUAUCUCGUUUAUACUAAGUGAUAUAGAAAUGUUGCUACCUAACCUCCAUUGUGUCAUCAUUUGAGUUGAAUCAUUCUGUAAAUUUAAAACAACUUCAGAUGGAAAAUCAUUACAUUCUCUGUACAUUCAAUCACCCUAUGUAUGUGGCAAUGCCCAUAAUUUAUGAUAUUAUCGAGUCUUUAGUGAUUUUCCUUCAUUAUAAGACCCAAGGUUAAUGAAACCGACUCUCAAGAAUAAUAAAAACAUGGGGCAUACUGUAUCUAGGCUCAAUGGUUUUGUACUGUGUUUAACAACUACUGUAUGAACUGGUGAUAGUUCACUCGAGUGCUGUUGUAACAGCGUUUGAAUAAUUAUGUAAAAAUGUGCAAUUUUGAUGAAGGAAGAAAAGGAAAAAAGCAGUAGGAAUUUCGAUGAAGAAUGGUGCAAUCAGCUGAUUGGUGGAGAUAUUCUUGGACCUUAUCGUAGUAUACUUUAAUUGUUCUUGUUUUUUAAAUGUUGACUAAGUAUUUUUAUCUAUUGAACUCACAUUCUCUUUUUAGUUUGAAAAAGAAACUGGCCUUUAAUUGAUCUUUAAAUGUUGACCUUUUGUUUUUCAAGCAAAAGAUUACUUUUUCCCACCUAGAUUCAUUAUUGUUACACGUAUGUCAAAUUUAAAUGUAAACAACAAGAAUUGAAUUUUUUUGAAAAUUUGCUUGUUAUUGCUUCAUGAAAUUGUUUCUAUUUUAUACGUUCGCCCCAUUUCUGUGUGGUAAUUUAAUUAAUUUUUGCUUUGAUCACCAACCAAAAUUUAUUCUAUUCAGUUGAAUUUGUUCUAAUAAAAUUGUUUAGUUUCAAUUCAGGCUCGUCUACUGUUUAUAACAUAAUUAAACUGUAGAGAUGUUUCCUGAAAAUAGAAUAUGUUCAAUACAUUUUAAAACCUAGCAUUGAAACAGCGGUCCUAUCGCAUUAUGCCAAAAAUGUUUUAUAAUUAAAUUCAAAGACAAGACAAUUUUCAAUGUUUCAAAUUCACAAUUGACAAUUUCUUAGUAUUUUCAUUUAAUAUCAAAGACAAGAGAUAAUAAAGUAUCUAAAUUUGAAAAGUCAACAAUGGUGUAAGAUGUAGAAAGCUGUAAGAUACAUCUUGAAAUGGUUUGAAAUAAAUUUUAAAACUACUUAGAUUAGAACUGGUUUAUUCAUUGUAAUUCAUGAAGUAAGAGUUUGAAAAAAUAAGGUCCAUUUCAAAAUUAAUUUGAAAUAUGUACGGCUGUAUUGCACCGUGGGUUUAAAAAAUACAUGUGCUUCCUAAACCCAAAAUCCAGCUUUAUCGAAAAUGAUUUAAUGUCAGUGUAUUGUCUGUUUUCUUCCUGUUAACAAUACUGAUUAAACUUGAAAUAAUUGUGCUGUAGUUUUUAACCAAUCAUAUUAGCCUACUGUCAAUAUCUGGGAAAUAAUGCAACUUUCACUUCACUCAUAUGAGAUGAUAAUUAUAUUAUUUAUUGUUAUAUGAUGACAUCAUCUUACGGUGGUUAAAUCAGUAGACGUUGUUUUCUGAUCGCCGAUCAAUUUCUUAUCUCUAAUCAAAAUAUUAUUUAUUCUUCAACUAUUUUUUUUUCUAUUAAAAAUAAAAACUUAUUUUGAAAUCCAAUUUUUGAGUUGUAAUUUUUUUAGUCAUCAGUUUUUAGUUCUAUAAAAUAGUUGCAGAAUAUUGACAGUCUUAGAAUAAUGUAGUGGUAUCCGUUUUCUGGUUGAAAUUCGUAUUACAUUAAUAAUCAUCAAUAAAUUUAUAAUGAGGUUUUGACGAUUCAUAAAAUAAUUAGAUCAUUAACCAUUGAUGAUACUGUUGCUCUCCAAUACACUCCUUAGAUUACAAUGUAGAAUGGUGUCUUUCUUUAUUAUUUUAGUCUUUGUGUUUCUUAGUUUAUUAGUACUUCUUUGUGUGUCUGAUCUUCUUCUAGAAAAAUGUUUGGAUAUUAUCAAACAUUAUUAUUCGAUAAUGUUAUAAAUAUAAUUGUUUUCCAAACUAAUUUAAUUUCAGGAAUAUAAUUAUUCUAUUUUAACUGAUAUCCAUCUAUCAUAUUCUCAUUGUAAGUAAUCAUAUUUUCAAAAAGUUAUCAAUCGUGUAUUCAAUGAUGUUACAAAUAUAACAUUUUUUAAAUUUAUUCUCUAUUUCAAAAAUUAGUUUCCUCUAUGAAUUUUGUGAUUCUUGAUCGUAAUUUCCAAACAUACCUGUACCCUGAAUUCCACAAUUUUGUUUUAGCUAUUAUUUCUUCUGUUAUGAUACACAUCAGAAGUACUAAGUAAUGUAUUGUUCUAUUCUAUUCAAUCAAGUUGUGUAUUAUUAUAAAAAAGUCCCAAACUAAUUGAAUUUAUAUGAAUUCUCUUCACAUUAUAGCUUGAACAGUUAAGGAAACUUUUCAUUCGUACAUUCUUGUCUGUAAUAAUUUGCAUUUUCUGCACUGUGGGUUAAGAACAUUCAACUUAAUUACCAUUAAAAUAAUUUUUCUAGAAUAAGAUCUGACUUACUUCCAUACUUAUAUAUUAUUAGAGGUGGCUGCAGGUUUAUCUCUUGUAUAAGAAUAUUUUAGAAUUUAAUUGUGAGUUAAUGAGAUGAGAUUCCAACAGAUUGGCCUUUGUUUAUUAGGUACUGUAGUAAUAUUGUAACCUUGAGCUACUAGUUUUUACAAAAAAAUCAAUUCAGUUUCAAUUCCAGUUUUAAAUUUUGAGUCAAACUUCUCUGAGUAUUGAUUUGUCCAUGAUUUUCAUAUGAAAUGAGUAUUCCAAACUGUAUUGUAAUCUUCAAAUUAAUUACACUCGUCUUAAACAAAAUGUUAAUAACUUAAUCCUUAUAGAUUUUAUGAGAUUGAGCGGAACUUGACAAACACAUGUUCAUCAUGUGUAUGAUAAGUUAUGUUCAAUCUAAUAGAAUCUAUAAAAAGAGUUAUUAACAUGUUGUUAAUAACUUAGGUGUAAACUGGGCUUAAGGAUACUUAUGUUAUAACUCAAUUAAAUAUUCUCCAAUUGAAUUCAAAACUCAUCAACCAUACCUAUAUUGAAACUUAAAUCUACUGAUAUUUGAAACUUAAAUUCUUUCAUACCAAACUGUAUUGAGCGCUACAUAUUUUAAGAGGUAAUUUGUAGUUCAAAAUUAGUUCUAUUUUAAAUUCUGUUACAGUGUAGGUCUUUAUUUGAGAAUCAAUUGGUAGUUGAAAUUUAAAAAUCUCUUGAGAUGCGUGUUGUUUAUUUAGAGCAUUAAUUAUCAAAUUACUAUUAAGAAUAAAUUAUGUUCCAAGAAUUUAUUUAAAAUUUAAUAUAUUUGUCAGAAUAAACAUGUAAUUUCUUCAGCCGCCUCUAAGCUUAUUAUUUUAUGUUUCUUCUAUUAGUGUAACCCUGUAGAUGUUAGUCGAUAUUAAUUUCUUUAUUGUUAUUUCAAUAGCACAUAUUAUUAAAGUCAACUGGGUUUCUAUAAAGUGUCUUCAAAUAACUCGUAUGAAUGGUAUAACAUUAAAUUAUAUAUUUCCAUUCAAA